AUGGCAGAAUCACAAAUAGCAAACAUUGUUAAUGAAAUACUUGUCCAAGAAGCAAACAAGUGUGUAAAAAUGGCAGAAUCACAAAUAGCAAACAUUGUUAAUGAAAUACUUCAUGUUGAAGCUGUAGAAGAAGCUUUCAGCUGUUUCUUAGUACAUCAACCUGGCCAGGAUAAUGAGAUUUUAAAUAUGCAUCUUAAAAAGUUUUCUGCUAUAAUGGCUAGUGCAACUGCAGAGUAUCAAGAUACAAUUAUCCGCAAGUACUUGGCCCUGACUGCGGUUUUAACCAACUGUAGGCACAUGAAGAAACUAAUCAUCCUUUUGGAAAACUUAGUAAACACAAAUGUUAUUCAAGCAAGGAUGCUAUGCGAUAGUAUACUUUCGUGUGAGAGACUUAAAUAUCAAAAUGCUGAGUUUUGGAUAGAGUGCUUCAAUUUAAUGAGAAGAAUAAUUGGUGGUGUUGAUUAUAAAGGAGUUCGAGAUGUUAUGAAGGGUUGUCGAGACAAAGCUCUCACAUUACCAGUAAAAUUAAGUUCCAGUACAAUGCCACAAAUGAAGGCUGUGUAUAACAUACUGGAAUAUAUUUUUGACCGAAAUGCAUCACUUUUACCUGCAUAUUUCAUAGUGACGGAGAUACAAAAAGAUUAUCCUGACAACAGGCAUUGGCCGCACUGGCAACUAGCAAAACUAUUUACAAAAUUUGUGGAAAGUUUUAAGCCGUGUGCUCAAAUGGUAACAAUAAUUGGUCACUCAAAAAUGUUGCCAAUAGUUGAAUUCUCCUGUUACGCCGACCACCUUGUAAAUCCAUGGCGGCUUGAUCCCACAACAUUGAAGUUUUGCUUAAAAGGAAAUCUUCCAUAUGACGAUGAGUUGUUUAAGCCUCAGAUUGAUUUGUUAAAACAUGUUUUACAACAGCCGUAUUCGCGUGACACGAUGUGUUCGAUGUUAGGUCUUCAAAAACAGCAUAAACAGAGAUGUAUAGCAUUGGAGGAUCAAUUGGUUGAGCUAAUGAUAUUACCAAUGGAACGGGGCGACCAAGAGAGCGAUGAAGACGAAAUGUCGUCGACGCAUUGGUGCUGGCUACAUUUAUCGUCACAAGUUAUUUAUUUAAUAUUGAUUGGUUUUGCCUCAUUUCCAAAUAUAGUAAUGGGGUUGCAUAGCAAGUUGAUAGGGCAAGAUAUGAAGAAAGGUAGGGACCAUCUGAUGUGGGUGUUGCUUCAAUAUAUAUCUGGUAGCAUACAAAGGAAUCCACUGUCAACCUUUUUGCCCAUUAUCAAAUUGCAUGAAUUGCUCUACCCUGAGAAGGAGCCGAUUCCGGUACCGGAUUGUACAAAGACAUAUUGUACCCAUCAGUUAGCUGUACUUUGCAUUUGGAUGCAUUUGUUGAAGAAAGCGGAGUCUGAACAUAAGACUAUGGUGAUGCCGCAGAAUUUGAAGCUUCAAUAUGAAUUUCUUCAACACCUCAUGUCGUCAAACAAUGUCCCAUCACUCAUAGGCUCGGACUACCGAAUAGCGCUUUUGUGCAACGCAUACUCAACGAACCAGGAAUUCUUUGCCCGACCAAUGGGUAUAAUGAUUGAGACAUUGCUGGGUAACCAAAAGGCGUUACCCAACGGAAAUCCCUCCACACCGUUACCCACUGUACCAUUAUCUAUGUGUAUACUGGACAGUUUGACACUACAUUGCAAAAUGUCAUUGAUACAUUCUAUUGUGACUCAUGUAGCGAAAUUGGCACAGAAUAAAACCAAUUUACCCAAUAUGAUGGCUCCGGCCUUGGUGGAGACAUACAGCCGCUUGUUGGUAUAUACUGAAAUUGAGUCGCUUGGCAUUAAAGGGUUUAUAAAUCAACUGUUGCCGAACGUAUUCAAAUCUCACGCUUGGGGAAUUCUCCAUAAUCUACUGGAUAUGUUCUCAUAUCGUAUUCAUCACUUUCAGCCUCACUAUAGAGUGACCUUGCUGUCAAACAUACACUCACUCGCUGCUUAUCCACAAGCGAAUCAAACUCAGCUGCAACUAUGUUUUGAGAGCACAGCCCUCCGGCUUAUAACUAGCCUCAGUAGUUCCGGCGUUCAAAUGCAAAUGUCCCGAGUUGUGACUGAGCCGAAGUCACUCGUGUCAAGCGAGAGUGAGGAGCUCAACCGAGUGCUUGUUCUCACUCUAGCACGUGGAAUUUAUAUGAGUGGUGCGGGUAGUGAUAGUGCUGCAGUUAAAGAGUUGCUCACGACGAUUAUGACAAACACACCACACAUGUGGUCACAGCACACGCUGCAAUGUUUCCCGCCGGUUCUUGUCGAGUUUUUCACACAGAACCCUGCUACAAAGGAAAACAAGCAGGUCCUAAAGAAGUCAGUUGAGGAGGAGUAUCGUAAAUGGACAUCGAUGGCAAACGAUAACGAUAUAAUAUCACAUUUCUCGGUUCCCGGAACGCCGCUUUUCCUCUGUCUUCUUUGGAAGAUGAUUUUUGAGACGAAUCGUAUUAAUCCGAUUGCGUUUAAAAUCCUCGAGCGUAUUGGAGCUAGAGCUCUGUCAGCGCAUUUAAGGAAAUUCUGCGAUUAUUUAAUGUUCGAAGUGACGAAUCCAGCCGGGGGGCCUCAUAUUAACAAAUGUGUCGACGCAAUCAACGAUAUUAUUUGGAAAUAUAACAUCGUUACAAUAGAUCGUCUGGUUUUGUGUCUAGUAUUACGACCGAACCCAGACGGAAAUGAGAGUCAGGUGUGUCUCUAUAUUAUACAACUUUUGUUGCUAAAAGGUUCGGAAUUGAGAAAUAGAGCGCAAGACUUUGUUAAGGAGAAUUCGCCGGAACAUUGGAAACAGAAUAAUUGGUAUGAAAAGCAUUUAGCAUUCCAUCGUAAAUACCCGGAGAAGUUUGCCCCAGAAGAGGCAGGUGGGGCGUAUGGGGCACCAAUACCCGUUUACUUGAGCAACGUGUGUUUACGAUUCAUACCUGUGUUAGAUAUAGUCGUACACAGGCAUUUAGAAAUCCCUCAAGUUUGUAAAAACCUGGAGCAGCUGCUGGAACACCUGGGGUAUCUUUAUAAGUUUCAUGAACGCCCAGUCUCAUUCCUAUACAACACAUUACACUACUACGAAACGAAAUUACGGGAUAAGCCACUAUUGAAGCGAAAACUCGUGUCCGCUGUUUAUGGGGCAUUGAAGGAAGUGAGGCCGGCUGGUUGGGCGACCACCGAAGCCUUCCAGAAUUUCCUUCCCGACCCGAAUAAGGACAGAACACCGCAGAAUUUGGAAACUGAGUUCUUGGAUUGGGCUCCGGAAUUGAAUUACUAUUUGAGCUUGGUUACACGGAUGGUUGACACAAUGACGGGCCAUUCACAUUUCCCAAACACCGAUUGGCGCUUCAACGAGUACCCAAAUCCCUCAGCGCACUGUUUGUAUGUCACGUGCGUCGAACUCAUGACCCUUCCAGUACCACCCGCUGAUGUAGCCAAUAACCUAUUGGAUGUGGUUACUAAAGGUUUCAUAGUAAUCCCAGCGACAAAGAUUCAACUUUGGAUAAAUGCCAUAGGAAUCAUCAUGGCGUCUUUACCAGAGGCCUACUGGAUUGUAUUAUACGACCGUAUAGUUGAACUAACAACAGCGUCCGAUAUGGUUGAAUGGUCAAACGAGUACACCCCUUUUCAACUGUUUAACCUAAAAAUGACGAAUUAUGCGAUGUUGGAGAACAAAUUCAGUUUGACUUUGGCGUUGACACACGCGUUUUGGUACCAUGCUGGCGCGGGCCUUAUCACGCAGAUGCCAACUUUUGUCAAAGAGAGACUGUCUCCCGAGAUCCAUACAGAAUCCCAAUUGAUAUAUCUCUGCCACCUGGUUGGUCCAUUCCUGCAGAGAUUUAACUCGGAUAUAUCUAGAGCUGUCAUGGAGAUCACUUUACUUUUAUAUGAGCUGUUGGCUCAUGUGGACAAGACUCAGGCGCAUUUGGACUUUAUUGAUCCAAUUUGUGAUUUACUAUAUCACAUAAAAUACAUGUUCGUGGGUGACACGUUGAAGAACGAACUUGAAACGGUUAUUCGUAAACUUCGUCCCGCUUUGCAAAUGCGUUUACGCUUCAUCACACAUUUGAACGUUGAAGAAAUCUUCUAG